UUCACUGCUAAUGGCGCCACGAACUUGGAUCGUCUAACAUUAUUAAUGUAUACGACGAUCAUUAGUGAAAUUAUAAUAGUGAAAUGUUAAUCAAUUGAGGUUCAUUGUAUCUACAUCAACUUUAUUCUAAACAAAUUUUCAUACUCCGCUUUAUAUUCUCUAUUCUCAAAUCUUCGAUGAGAUAUUUGUCGAUCCUGCGGAUAUGAAAGCAUGGAUAUACUAAUCUUGCGGAAUUGCGACAAAAUCGAAAACGAUUGAAAAGGAGAAUUGAAUCCUACGGAAAUGAUACUGUUCGAUUAGAGAGCAUUUUAAGGGACAUUUAUAUUAUUACUAUAACUCCGCCAUUUUUUAUGGAUAAUCUUCAUAACUAUCUGUAUUCAAAAGAUUAAAAAAACGAAUGAUACUUUAACAUUGAUGUUGUUCACUGUGUCCAUCUCUUCCGUAAUAAAGAGACUUUUUAUUUACUGUUGCAACGACGGAUAUUUUAUAGAGGAAGCAAAGUAUCUAUUUUGGUAAUACCAUUUACAAUAACGAAUGGUGUAAUAGGAAACGGACUCGAAAUUUUUUCUUGUUUGUACGAUAUGAAUAUAUUUACCAUCUGGCAAAUUUAUCUUUGUUCAUUUUCACGGACAUUUUCAUAUCUUUGGUAGGAUACUUAUUGGUUCGGCAGAUAUUUUACUGAAAAGAACAAAAGUAAAAUGGAGUAUGUACUAACAAAUUUUUUUCUUUUUCUUAACCCAUAUUCUUUCGCAGAACAACAAACUGUUUGAUUAUGCAUCAUUCACUUAUACUAGGGUCAUGGAUUAUAUAAAUAUAAUUUAAAGAAGAUCUUUCAAAAUUCUCAUUUCUUUUCUUUAUAAACAAAAUUAAUAUCAAUUGUAAGAGAACUUUGGUAGAUAUAUCAAUUGUCGCAUUUUUUAAAAGAUAUGGCCAACUAUACCCGAUUUUAUUAAUUUCCAGACGCAUAUUUGAAAAAUUAAAAAUGAUAAUAUUAAAAAAAAUUUGUUAGAGAAAUUACAAUAAAUAGACCAAUAGGUCUAUAAUUUGAAAAAGUAUGGCACUCAUAUAUGUCUGUUCAAAAAAAAAGUAUUAUUAUUAUUUAUACUCAUGCCCAAAACAUAGGUAAUCAAUUUUGUCAAAGUUAAAAAGACAUAAGAGUCCAAUUUGUUUUCUUUUUGGUAUUAUCGCUUUUUAAUAAAUUACGUAUAUAUGCGUUAAGAAAAUUUUUAUUGACAAAAAUGUUAUUUUUUUUUUUUUACUUUCAUGAAAGUGAAAGAAUUUUCUACUAACUACAGAUAUUAUAUAAAUAUUGCCUAUAAUUACUUAGAUACUGUAGUUGCCUGCAUUUAUUGUCAGCUAUCUGUUCAAAACUAUUAUAAAAAUAUUAAUUGAAUUUGCAUAAUCAAUAUUGAGAAUUAAUUAUUGGAUGAUCUCGUUUGCCUAACUGUUUCAAAAAAUGAUCACUGCUGCAUCCACUUACUGCAAAAUUAAUAAAUAAUUAAUAGCUUUUAAUUAUUUGAACAUCGAAAUAUAUAAACCACUAUAUAAUAUUUUAUAUAUAAUUAAAAUUCAAUAAACUAAUAAAUACAAAUCAUAAAAAAAGUGUAACAUUUCGUUACAAAAAUGAAAGAAAAUAAUGAAAACAAAUAUUAAUUAAAGUCUGCGUAAAAAGUAGAAUUAAUAAAAACACUUACCGAUAUACAAAGAAUAGAAAAAAAAGUUGGAAAAUUUGAAGCUAACAUAAGAUACGUAAAAAAGUGAUAAGUUAGAAAAAUAUAUUUAGUAUGAAUAGAUAAUGAAAAUAAAUUAUCAGAAAGAAGACAGGUGUGUCAAUAAAGCAUAAUAAUUUGAAAAUAAAGAAAAGGAAAUCUUAGAUCAAAGACAACUGAUAUCAAAAAAAAGUUUCAUUUUUGCAUAAAAUUCUUAUAUGUUCAUAAGUACUAUACUCUUCACUACCGAAUCAUGGAACCCUCUAUAAUAAAGGACAAAAGUACAGAUAUUCAAUUCCACGGAAUACUUACGAAUACUUAUUUCCGUGAAAAGUAAAUUUUUUUUAACCCACACCACUAAUUCAGGCACAAUGUCUUCCGUUCAUAAAAUGCAAAAUUGUUUGGAACAAGAAGGAACUCGGAAAGACAAUCGAACGAAAAGUUGUGGACGUUGUAAACUUCCAGCAAUGCCCUGCAGAAGAAGGGUAAUUAUACCCUAGAGUCAGAUGUUAAUUUUUUUUUCUAUAACUAUGAUCACCCUCUUUCCUAAAAUAAAAAAGAAAGAAAAAGAAGAAAGAGAAAAAGGAAAAAUUUCAAUGACAAGUAAUUGAAAUGGAAUUAUAAUAAGUUUUACACGGAGGUUGUGAAACAGAGGGAUAUACUACGAAGUGAACAGAAGUGAUGAGAGCACAUUUUUUAUGUAUAGUCGAAUCCCCCUCCCAACAGUGCCGUAGACCGACCAUAACCGUAGAUCGUAAAGUACGGGUUUAACUCGUUAUUAGAAGGAGUUACGAACGAGUUGUUUCUCAAUUUUUUUUUUUCGUCGACUUGAAAUUAAUUAUUCAAGCAACCCUUAUACGCGUAUUGCAACUUUUCAAACAGAGUUUACUAGGGAGGUCGCUCGAACGUUUUACCUUCAGUCUCUCGCGAACCUUCGAAGGGAUAAAAUGGGAAAAGAUAGCAUAGAAGAAAUAGGAAUUGCUAACGUUCAGAGAUCAUUCAAUUGGAGCUCGCGGCUUUUAAAAUGUAUGGGAGUUUGGCCAUUGAAGAACUACGUUCCGCUAUUUCUCUUCUUCUUCAUAUAUCUUUCUAUUCAUUGUUCUCUAACACUCUUACAAUUGAUUUUGACUCCAAAAACUAUGGAGAACGUGGUAUCCAACAUGGCAGAGAAUAUGCUUCUAACGAUGACACUUACCAAAAUAACAGUCGCUAGAGUAAAUCGAGAAGCAUUGGGUAAAUUAUUUGCCGAAAUCAAGGAUUGUUCACUCACUGAGAAAUAUGAAACUAAAGAGGAGAAAUUGACAUUUUUUAAUUAUACUAAAUUACCUCCAUAUUUUAUUAUAAUAAUCGCCUCUUCAAUGACAAUGGUCGAAAUAUUAUAUUACUCGAGUCGACUUACAUAUGGAAUUCAAAGUGCAAAGAAAAACGGUUCCAUGGGUUAUCAAUUGCCGUACAGAACAUUACAAAUCAUCGAUUUAAGUGACACCAGGACUUACGCUUUGAUUUGUGCUUAUCAAGUAAUAUUCGUACCUUGUGUCGUAUUAGGUUACGUAGGAUUCGAUUGCAUGUUCGUCAAUUUGUCCAUUCAAGUAAUUGCACAGUUCUCCAUAUUGUCCUAUAAAGUGAAAACAAUAUUAAAUCAUUCUAAAAAUUAUCAUGAAGGUAUGAAGGAACUUGUACUCCGACAUUAUCGAUUGAUAAGAUUGACAGAAGGGUUGGAAAAUAACUUUAAUUACCUGAUUUUGCAACAACUUUUGGGUACCACCAUUCAUAUUUGUAUUUCUGGUUACUAUUUAAUUAUGACUAAAGAGACGGCAGAUAGUAUAACUUUGAUUUUAUUCGUUUUGUACGUCUCUUGUGUGAUAACGACACUUUUUAUUUACUGUUUCAUUGGCGAAUGUUUUAUACAGGAAAGUACCAAAUUUGGUAACGCCAUUUACAAUUACGAGUGGUAUAACUUACCGGCAACUGAAUCGAAAUUUUUUCUUAUUUGUAUGACACGAACGAAAAAGCCGCAAUGCCUAACGUCUGGCAAAUUUGCCGUCUUAUCCUUGACCAUCUUCACAGACAUCGUCAAAACGUCGAUGGGAUAUUUAUCGGUAAUGCGAACAUUUGUGUGAAAAGUACAAAUGCGAAAUGGAUUACGUAGUAACAAAUUGUUUUUUUUUUUUAAGUCAUCUUCCUUUGUAGGAAGACAAAUGAUUUGUCUAUACAUCGUUGAUUUCUACUAGCAUUAUAGAAAAUAUAAAUACAAUUUUAAGACGAUCGAUCAAAAUUCGAAGUAUUUUUCUUCAUCAACAAAGUUAGUAGCAAAUAUAAAAGAACAUUACUAGGGACAACUAUUGUUUAAUUUUUUAUAAUGUAUUGCUAAUUAUUUGCGACUUCAUUGGUUUCUACAAGUACACUUAAUAAUGUAAAAAUAAUAAAAAUGGAAAAUAAAAAUUUGCUAGAAAUACUGAAAUAAAAACGUAUGUAGCUAUGUAAUUGAGAAAUGUAUGUUAUGUAAG